GACGCUAGAGGAGUGUUCCCAGGACUUGGGAGCCUUGGCCGAUUUAAAUCUCGGCGGACAAAGCAGAGGGCUUUAAAGCAGACCGGGAUUUGUGCAGGCCGUGGCAGCAAAAAAAGGCGGAAGGGAAGAUAAGGGCAGAAAACUGGCAAGCCGCGUGAGAGCAUAGGACUCUAGUGGGGCCGUGCCACCUGGGCUCUUCAUUAGCCUGGAAAAGGCCCGGAUGUAGGUUGAGAUGGCCUCUGAGGUAGGUUGUAGUGUUUCCGUUUUAUAGAUGAGGAAACAAACUCAGAAAGGUUAAAUGACUUAUCUAAGAUAACAUGUGCUGGUGAGUGACAGAGGCAAUAUCUGAACCCAGAUACUCAGUUUUACCUGAUUUCUGUAUGUUGUCAUCUCACAUACGUCUGGUACGCCUGGUCCCCACAACAGUCCGGCUUGUUCAUUCUCUGAUCCACAAUCCUUCCUGUUCCUUCAUGGAUUUGAAGGCUCUCAUCUCCUCCUUAAAUGACUUUGCAUCCCUCUCUUUUGCUGAGAGUUGGGACAAUGUUGGAUUACUGGUAGAACCAAGCCCACCACACACUGUAAACACACUCUUCCUGACCAAUGAUUUGACUGAGGAAGUGAUGGAGGAGGCACUGCAAAAGAAGGCUGAUUUCAUUCUCUCCUACCAUCCACCUAUUUUCCGACCCAUGAAACGCAUAACCUGGAAAACCUGGAAGGAGCGUCUGGUGAUCCGGGCUCUGGAGAACAGAAUUGCUAUUUACUCUCCCCACACAGCCUAUGAUGCUGCACCCCAGGGAGUCAACAACUGGUUGGCUAAAGGGCUUGGAGUUUGCACCUCCAGGCCCAUACAUUUUUCCAAAGCACCCAACUACCCAACAGAGGGAACGCACAGAGUAGAAUUUAAUAUUGACCACACCCAAGAAGACCUGGACGAAGUCAUUUCUAUGCUGAAAGCAAUUUCAGAUGUUUCUGUCACUUCUUUUUCUGCUAGGACUGAUGAUGAAGAACAAACACGGAUCAGUCUGAAUUGUAGUCAGCAGGCUUUGAUGCAUGUGGUGGCUUUUCUUUCCCAGAACAGACAACUUUAUCAGAAGACUGAAAUUCUGUCACUGGAGAAGCCUCUGCUUCUGCACACUGGAAUGGGACGGUUAUGCACCCUGGAUGAAUCUGUCUCCUUGGCAACCAUGAUUAAACGAAUCAAAAUGCACCUAAAACUAUCUCAUGUUCGCCUUGCUCUUGGGGUAGGGAGGACCUUAGAGUCCCAAGUCAGAGUUGUGGCUCUGUGCGCUGGUUCUGGGAGCAGUGUUCUGCAAGGAGCAGAGGCCGACCUUUACCUCACAGGUGAGAUGUCCCAUCAUGAUAUUUUAGAUGCUGCUUCCCAAGGAGUAAGUGUCAUCCUCUGUGAACAUAGCAACACUGAACGAGGCUUUCUUUCCGAUCUUCGAGAUAUGCUGAGUACUCACUUGGAGAAUAAGGUUAAUAUUAUCCUGUCAGAAACUGACAGGGACCCUCUUCAAGUGGUGUAAUUUGUACAGGAACAGAGUGACAAUCUACUUUACAAAUCAUUUCACUCCUAACUUGAGUACACAUGAUCAGCGGAGUUUGUAUCCUUCUGGAAGACUGUUUUGGAAUGUACACUGUCAUUUCUGGUUUGUUGAUCUGCUUCACCAAGUGUUCUAUAGUUUUUAGAGUAAAAACUGUAAUGUAACUAUUAUUAAAGAACAAAUAUUCAUUCAUGGCCAGGUAGCUC